GCCCCACCCAUUACUUUACAUUCACUAUUAUCACUGCGCCGAGGGUUUGCACUUCAGUGCCUUUCAUUGUCGUGUGUGUCAUUCUGUCAGUUAAGUGAGAACACUUCUCCAGUCAUAGAUAGCUCAGUGAAACCAGAUAGACGGACAGACAGAGAAAAAGUCAUAGAUAGCUCAGUGAAACCAGAUAGACGGACAGACAGAGAAAAAGAUUGUGUUAACUGGCUGAAGUCAUGUGAAGAAAACUGUGUCCAAAACAGUACUACCCCCAUACCCAAACAUGUCCAUUUUGUGUCUCUGAAUCAUCCGUUCUCAUUCAUGGAAUGGCUGGCAGUAGUGAGUGCCAGGAACAAGAUAAAGCCAGACAAGAUCACUGUCUAUACUGACGGACUACAAGACAGCUGCUGGUGGAGACGUGCUCUCCCAUACAUUGACCACCAAAUCAUUCACACAUUGCCUGGGGCUAACGUUUUGAAUCGUGUUCCCAUCAAACUUCUACCACAUAAAUCUGAUUUUCUUCGUCUCUCCAUCCUCUAUCACAGUGGAGGGAUAUACAUGGACACUGACAUUCUUAGUUUGAAUUCGUUCGACCCUCUCCUCAAGCACCAAAUGGUACUGGCUGAGCAGUGUCACUAUGCUCUGAAUGUGGCUCUAAUGAUGGCACAGAAACACAGCUGUCUGGUGUGCAGGUUUGCUCACUACAGCUGUGAGAGAUUCGAUGGUGGGUGGGUUCAUCAUUCUGUCGAUGCACUGUCAUCUUUCAUCAGGGGUUUAGACAAAGAGAAGGAGGGUGUGCUGGUGGUUCCUUGGAAAAAAGGGUUCCACCCAAUGUGCUGGAAUGCCAACGGAAUCAAUCAACUCUACAAGGAAAAUUUUAACGACAUUCCCGACUACAAUAGAUCAGAAAUCUACUCUGUUCACCUGUACAACAACAAGGCUAAGAAUCUAAUACCUAAAACACUGCACAAUUUUGACUGGAUACAGACCAGUACAUCUCUAGUAGGUCUUACUAUCAGGGAAUCUCUGCCACCUGGUUUCUCCAAACAUCAUUUGAAUGAGUCUUCGCGGUGCACUGAUAUACAGCUUCCUAAAUGACUUUUUGUGGCAUGUCACAUUAUUUCCAUAAGUUUUUCCAUAAUUAUAUUGUUAUAAUUUAUGAACCACGGGAUGUCAACGCAUA